UUGUAGGCGUUCGGACAGCGGGUUGUGCGUAGUAAAGCGUUUUGCCUUUGCUUUUACGUCCUAAAUAAUUACUUUUGAUUAUCAAUUUGAUAAGUGUCGACCUUAUUUAAGUAUACAAGAUGUCGCGCUACCGGGAAUGGGACCUGUCUUGCAAAGUUUAUGUGGGCAAUUUGGGUACAAAUGCAUCGAAAUAUGAGAUAGAGAAGGUGUUUUCCAAAUACGGGAGCAUAAGAAACGUGUGGGUGGCGCGCAAUCCUCCGGGUUUUGCGUUCGUGGAGUUUGAAGACCCGCGGGACGCCGAGGAUUCAGUGCGAGGUCUCGAUGGGACGCGCUGCUGCGGCACCAGAAUCCGCGUGGAGAUGUCCAACGGACGCACCCGACGUGACAGAAGGUCCAUUUUAUCAACCACCAACCAACACACCAACGAUCUCACCACAUCUCUCCACUACGGCUCGUUAAUUACAUGCAAGGCUGCUCUCGACGGCCAGCUACGCGCCGCAGUCAACGACCCUCCCACGGCCUUCACCUGACCUCUACCCUCCUAAUAUUCUAUGAGCCACACAGUGUAGGAACCUAAUCGCUUCUACUGCACACCAGCGGAGCUUUCCAUAGCUCUCGUAUUACCUCGGUCAACGGAAACUUGCCCCCGUUUCCAGCACCAGCGACAGCUCACCAUAUUCGGUACUUUUUAUCCUAUACUACCUUCAGGGAUGGCUUUGUUGACAGAGCAACAACGUCUGAGCGUGCAGUCAACAUCGAAUAGAUUGUGACGGCAAAAAUAUAUAUAUAAAAAAAAAAAAACAAAGGUAUAUAGAUACAGGCUAACAUACAUAUAAUAAUUAUGAUCUUAAAAGCUCAAAAUCAUUUUGACGAUACAACAGUUUUUUUGCUGCUUCUCAUGUUUUAAUGUAGGAUUCGGAAGAUUCCCACGGAACCGCCAAAAUACCUCACUCUUCAGCCAAAAUAUAUUGAAACAUCCUUAUUUCUAUGGUAACAAAGGUGUGUUACGAUAUAUUUGGCCGUCACUACCUAUUCGAUGCUGACUGUACCCAGAGAUUCCACUGCUACAUGCACGUGCUACUUUUAUAUGUGGCCGGGUCGCCAUGUAAAUGCCUGCGGGUAUGUAGUAGUGCAAUCUGGUUUGAUGCUGUUACUCUGUCAGCCGUCUGUGAUCUUACCUUACCUUAGCACUAGCCGAGUGUAGGAUUAACUUUUGUCAUAGGGCUCAACAUAGAAUAAGCUGGUAAAUUUAAACCCUGAUUCCAAUAGUUUUGGUGUUUCCGCAGAAGUGAGUGGUGUGAUGUUUGGUAAAUGUCAAACCCUUGUAACAUUUUGAAUUUUGUCAAGAUUCCUCACCUCACAUUGACAUUUAAAUAUUUUUUAGGUUUUUAGAAUGAAUUGGUAAGCAUUUUAUAAAAAUUGACUUUUUACUUCUAAAUUACAAAAAACUAAAUGUGAUAGCAUAUGCAAUUAAGUAUAAAUCCAGCAUCAUUAAGUGGCUCCACAGUUUACUAAAGUAAGGGAGUCUGAAACCUAAACACGAAACUAAAUGAAAUGAGAUAGGCACCUUGAACAUUAAAUUAUUAGUGAUAUAAAAGAUACCGAAAGUACUUUUGUCCAAAUUCAGAAUAGGAUAAUCUGGAUAAUGUACUAACCAGUCAUUUCAGCUACUGUUUGUACGAGUCAACAUUCACUAUAAAGUUAGUAUGAGAACGCAAUCAAUAACGUCACACUGCACCUCCUUUUAAAGUGUUGAUUUUAUAAACACGUUUUCUCCGUAAAGAUCAAUGACCGCUCAGAAACUAAGUCUAGCAACACAUCGACUUAAUAACCGGACUUCACGCCACUCAACUCGCCCACUCGCUCCAGCUCACCACUAUUUCC